UCGGUAGUGACUAGACCUGAAACUCAGGCGGUCAACUCGUUUCUUUACUCAGUGUCUGUCUUCUAGUCCAACAUGGCGCAAGCUCAUAGAGGUGCAGAUGAGUUGCAGUUGGCGGUGCAGUUGGUGGCCAUGACUGUGGUUUGGGCUGGGGGCUACCCUGACAUAAUCCCUACUGCUGGAGAAAUUUGGCCACGGCCACAGGAAGUCAAGCAAGGACACACGUCAAUGGUAGUAGACCCCUUAGAUUUCAGGUUCGUUGUUACUGACUAUGACUGCGAUAUCCUACAGCAAGCGCUGGAGAGGUACCUUAAAAUAAUCGCAAACUAUCCAUCUAAUGUACAGCCCCAGGGAGACGGAAAAGGUGGUAACUUGAAAAGCUGCUUGAAUUCAGUCCAAGUCAGCUUGGUGUCCGCGUGCGAGGAGUAUCCACAUCAAGGGAUGGAGGAGAGUUACGAAAUAAAAGUUAACAGCUCUGGCAUUCGUAGCAAUGCCAUCAUAGCCUCCCAAAGUAUCUGGGGCAUCCUGCGUGGCCUGGAGUCCUUCUCCCAGUUACUGGUUCCUGUCGGUUCUGUUUAUACACUUGCUUCGACCACCAUCAAGGAUUAUCCGAGAUUCUGCUACAGGGGUCUGAUGAUAGAUACGGCAAGGCAUUACAUUCCAGUCAGAAGGAUCGAGGAGAUGCUGGACCUUUUGGCCAUGAAUAAAUUCAACGUCCUGCACUGGCAUCUGGUGGACGACCAGAGCUUCCCUUACCAGAGCGAAAAGUUUCCAGAUUUAAGUGACAAAGGGUCUUAUAGUAAAGCACAUAUUUAUACGGCCAAAGAUAUAGCAGACGUUAUAGAAUACGCAAGAGUUCGUGGCAUCCGCAUCAUACCCGAGUUUGAUACCCCAGAGCACAUGAAGUCCUGGGGUCCGGGACAGCCGAAUCUUCUCACCCCAUGUUACGCGGAUGACAAACCCGACGGCACGUACGGUCCAAUAGAUCCGACCAACGAGCAGAACUACGAAUUCCUGAAGUCGUUCCUCACCGAAGUAGAUUCUCGUUUUCCAGACAACCACAUCCAUUUGGGCGGAGACGCUGCACUGGCCGGCUCCAAGUGCUGGAGGAGCAACCCAAACAUUACAAAAUUUAUGGAGAAGCUUGGAAUAUCAGAAAAGUACAAUAAACUGAGGGCGUUAUACACAAAGAGGCUCUUUGAUAUAGUCUGGGAGUUACCCAAUACAGACGGGUUCCUCGUGUGGGAAGAAGUCUUCGACAGAGGAAUCGACCUCCCUGAUAAUGUCAUAGUACAGGUCUGGAUCCUACAUUACCUCGAUGUUUGGAAGCGCAGUCUGCAACAGAUAACCUCAGUUGGUUUCCAAACGAUAAUGUCCUCAUGUUGGUACCUGAGUGAUACCAUCGGGCACAACUGGCGAAGAUACUAUGCAUGUGACCCAAGGGAUUUUGAAGGGACCCCAGAACAAAAGGAGCUUGUCCUUGGAGGCGAGGCUUGUGUAUGGGGCGAACAUGUAGACGCUACAAACAUAAUCCCUACAGCCUGGCCUAACGCUUGUGCUGUUGGGGAAAGACUCUGGAGUUCGACGGAGCAUACCAGCGACCCAGAGGAUGCAGCCCCAAGAUUAGAAGAGCAUCGCUGUAGACUCUUACGAAGGGGCUACGGCGUGAGUCCAAUUUUCUCGUCCUAUUGUGACGCCGAUACCAGUUUCUGAAUCUGUCCUUUUUUCACGAUGUAAGUUUUAAAUUUUUAAAAGAUCUAAUGAAAUUAUUUAAUCUCUCGCUUGAAAUUGUUAUCACAGUUGCUUACCUGUCAUUUUCAAGUCUGUCAUAUGUCUUUUAAUGCAGUAAUGUGUUUUACGAAGUCAAUGAAUGUAGUUUGUUCAUAGCAUUUUUAGUUUAUUAAAUAUAAAAACCAAAUUUGACGA